CUAGAGUUAUGGAAAUGGGCUGUGGGUUAUGGUCCUUUGCAUGGCUUGUUUUCAUGUGUUACAUUGCAGAGGCCUAUCAGAAUCUCACAGUAGGCGGCGCCGCCAGUUGGUCAUAUGAUGAUCAGACUAACUCAACUGCAGCUGAUUACAACAAGUGGGCAAAAAACCAGACUUUUAGCCUCGGUGACUACUUGAUCUUCAACACCAACUACAACCAUACUGUUGUGCAGACAUACAACGCAUCGAUUUAUGAUAACUGUGAUUAUGAUAACUCUAAGAAUGAUGAUACUUUAAUGCAUUUGACAGUGGAUCCCAGCAAGCCGAACACCAAUGUUACCGUUUCUGUUCCUUUGACUAUAGCGGGGAUGAACUAUUUUUUUUCCAGUGCAGAAGAUGGGAUUGAUUGUGUAGCAGGGUUGAGGUUCGAGGCGACUGUAAGUGUUGGGCAUAGGUUUCCACCCAAUUUGAGGGGGAUUUCAGCCCACAGUGAAAGGUGUUUUGAAGUUAUUUCGUUCAAGAGGGCUUUUCUUGGCUUCUCUGUGUGGGGGCAAUCAUCAAUCAAUGGAAUUUCUUUUGAGUUUUAUUGUAAUCAAAAGAAAUGUCUUCUUUGAGCUUUUACUGCAAUUAAAAGAAAUUAUUACUCUGGAUAUGAUGAUGGAAGGUCUUUGUCUUUAUUUGAUGUGACUGGGUAUCCUGCUCUUUUCUUUCCAUGGCAACAGGCCACCUUUCUUUAAUGAUAAUUCAUAUGUGGAAUUGAAGUUAUCUUUACUUUCUAACAAUAGA